AUGAAACAAAUCGAGGCUGAAGGCCGCCUACCAAAACCAAGAAUCAACACAGACUACAGUGAACCUAAUCAUGCCACUAAUGCAGAAGAGAACAGUUUGCCGAAUCAACCAAAAAAUAAUCAUGUACAAGAAGAAACUACCAAUGAAGAUGUUAGCAACACUGAUGAGCCUACUGCCUCUUCAUUAUCUAGUGAUGGAAUUUACCUUCAUCACCAUGACUGUGGUGGGGACAGGGAAUGUUAUGGCAGUCCAAAGGCACCUUCCAUGGAGAGACAACCAGCAUCAGAUGAUCAUUCCAGCAAUAAAAAUGAAUUCUCCUCUAAAAUAAUUACCUCUGAAGAAUAUUUAGUAGUAAAUAAACAGCCAACAGAAGAUAUUAGUGAUUUUAAUGCUGAAUCUGAAUAUGAUUUCAAUGAAAAAAAUAAUCUAAGUUUGAAUAAUUCAACUAAAAUCAGUGAAUUUAUUGGUACUGUAGAUGUAGUCCAUCAGGAAACAAGUUCAAGCAAUUUUAAUGGAACUAAAACUAUUCUUGGAAAACCCAGCAGUAAAAGUCUAGAAAAUACUACCCAUAAUUAUAUGUCAAUUGAUGAUGAUACAGGAAAAGAUAUUGAGCAACCCUCUUUGAAAGACUCAUUAGAGGGCAAGUCUAGCACCAAUUUGAAAAAUCUUCAGCCCAUUGAAAUGGAAGAAUUUUUCCCAAAAGCAGAAAACUCAAGCGUGGGUCCACAUGAACCUAAUUUAGAAGCAGAAGAAAGUGAACUGAAUAGUGAGUUUUCUGGAAAUGAUUUAUUGCUUCCAAAUAAGUUGAAAUCAGAGCCAGAAAAUCAUUCAUCCCAGCUCCAAGAGGACACUCUAAGCCUUCCUAAUGAAGAUCUGCCAUCUAAUGUCAUGCAUCCAGACUCAUUCCCUGACAUUCAGGUGAACCCCAUUGUUUCAUUUGAACUCCUGCCAACUGAUGAGAAGUUCCUGGAAGAAGCUUCAUCUCUACUGGCUGCACCACUGUCAUCUUUGGACAUGUGCCAACAUCGGCUGGUGCUGUCACUCAAGCAGCAGUGCCAGACGCUGUUGGAAGAUGACCUGGGCAAGUUUGCUGUCAACUUGCUCAACUGUCAGGCCAGCGCUGAGAGCAGACGCUUGUAUCCAUGCUACAGCCACAUGACCCUGCAAGAGUGCACACGUGACAUGGAUGGUGUUACGUGGAAUGCAUAUCUGCUGAUGAGCAACAGGGCGCUGGCAGUGUGCAGCGCUGCCAGACAGCGGCUCUUUGCUGCACAGGCUCAGCUCACUGUAGACAAGCUGCUGUACACCGCACAGCUGCACAGCAGCAGCAUGGCUCUGCUCAAGGAGCAACAGACGGAGCUGCAGCAGACAACAGCUGACACUCUGUCAGCUCUGUGGUCAGGACAACAAGCACUGCAGCAGGAACAACAGCAGCUUAGCACCUCACUCAGCAACACCUCAGCAAUGCUGGGGAGGCAGCGAGCAUGGCUUUCGAGUCAGCAUCACAGUGCUGUGUCUCUUGCUGCUUCUCUUAUGAGGAGAAUUGCGUCUGCACAAGCUCAGGUGUCUGCCCAGUCUGCGGCUCAGCAGACUGCACAUGUUGCUGUGCUGCACAGUCUGCAUGCCCUGCAGCAACGUGCAGCAUCUCUGCACAAAGCUUCUGAGCAACGCGCUCGUCGGCUAGUGCUGAGCCAGCAGCAGAGCAUGCAGCACCAGCAGCGUCUGCACGCUGCCGUGCUGCAGCUCACCGCCAGCGUGCAGCAUGUGCAGCACAUCAUUGAUGACAAUCACGCCCGGCUGCAUGCCAGUCUCUCCUGGAUAACUGCCCUUCUGGCUGUUAUCGGUGACCACGUGGACGAAGCUGUGACUGUGAUGCUUCAUACUGUGAUGCUACUGCUGCUGCACUAUGCAGCUACUCUUUGCCAGGUGGGCUCGGUGCGUCGGUUUGUGGCGAGUGUGGCAGUUGUUGGCAGCGGGGCGUGGGCUGUGAUGGCGGGCCAGGGCUCGGGUCACUCGUAUGCCAUCCUGGGUGCUGUUAUCUUCACCAUCUUCUUCGGCCCGUUGGUGCUGCGCCAGACCGCACCAAAAUGGCUCCGCUUCUCCGCUCCCAAGUCUCUGCACCACAAAAAUAACACCAACAACAACGUCCACAUUGCUGACGGAGAAUAUUCGUCUGGCGACGAGAGCGUGCCUACGUCCGCCCCUCACCACGCCCGCCGCGCCACUAAAUACGUGUCGCGCACGCCAGCGACCGCUCACCGUACUGGAGGCCACAGCAUGAAUUUAUCGGCCAAGCUCCAGCUCCCCGACUCACUCACCGGCACAGAUAAUGAGCCAAGUGUUGGAAGGAAUAGUGCCCUAUCACCAAAUAUGAAUGGUGGAAAUCUUAAUAUCUUCAGUGAGAAAAAUCUAGGAAUAACUCAAAAUAAAUAUCCAGUUAAUCUUGAAAAUGGACACGCCACAUAUGACCAGCAACGUGGCGGGGGUAACGGCUGCAUUGGGGCGUCACAGCCACACGGAAAGAUCACGUCGUCGGAAUGCAACUUCAUUGAUAGGAGAGCUGGAGAGCUCCCCAGCAAACUGGAGCAGCUCCAGCGCUUGUUGGCUCCAGCCGAGGACAGCCCAACUGUGGUGGCCUCCAAAGCAAGUAACGACGUGAGAGAGCGACUGCGUGAACGCAACAGCAGGAGCCGCACGCCCACGCUCAACAGGUCAAGCCGAGGGGCUCCCUGCUCUGCGCUGUGCAAGUCUGGACUGCCCUGCCGCAACGUCUGCCUGCCCCACACCCUACACUGCCGUGCCCACACCCCCAGCAGCCGCGCUCACUCUCCUGCCUCCGCCACGCUUCCCUACUGACACAGGACUUGUCACUACUGACGCAGGACUCGUCUAUCACUAUCACACUCGUGCAUUGUGCUUGUAGUUGCACAAACCUAUUUGCUUGUUUGCUUGUGUAUUAACCCUUGUAUUUGGCUGUUCUCGCUGUGGCAGGGGAUAAGAGUAAUAUAGACGCAUUAGAUAGUUGUUUCGUAUGUAUUAGGGAAACGCUUGUGUGCCUCACCGAGCAAACAUAGCACAAAUCUAUAGCUUGCUUCUUAACUCCAUCCCGCAACACCUUACGUCCAUGGAGACCUUCUUAUUAACUCUUCUGAUGGAAAGAGACGCUGGUAUUCAGUUGUUAUCAAUCUAGCACUGCAUCUGUAUCGCAAAAACUAUGGAAGUGGCUGAAAAAUUCGUUAUAACCUGUAUUUAAAAUGCUUUUAACCGUAUUCACGUAAGUCUUGCAGCAAGUGAACGAACGAUCCAUACACAAGUAUGGAGGAAAUAAGCCCUUCAACUGUUUGACCUCCACUACACUAUGAGGUCUAUUGACGAACGCUACACAUUUCUUAGGUCUCCUAAAGAAAGGUAUGCCUAGAAGACAUCGAGCACUAGUCAGCCGUUAGUAUCAUUGAUACUAGUCUAGUACAAGUCAACCCCCAGUUGCGUUGCGACUAAACAUUACCAUGUUCGUGGAAGAACGAUCUUACCUGUUGGAUUAUAUAGUU